AUGAAAACGUGGGUGAUUUUAGUGCUCUGCGGAGCUGCCCUGAUUGGGACGGUGUCCUGCAAGAGGAAGAUCCAGUGUCGACUGUUGCAGACAGGGGGGCCGGAAUCUGCUACGACGACGCCGGCACCGGUUGUCCAGAAGGCGAUCAAUAGUUCGGAGUUUGAGAUGAUUAUGGCGAAGUUGGACGCGGUUGAUUUGAGGAUUUUAAAGACGGAGUUUGCGGUGCAGAAUACGGUCCAAGGGAUCGCAAGUGAUGUGGAGAAUUUGAGCCGGGUUGUGGAGAAGUUGGCCUGGGUGGCGAGUCAGUCGGAACAGUCGAGUAGUUUCGUGGAGCAUCAUGUGAAGCUGCUUGAACAUAAUCUGACCAGGCUGCAGAAGGACGUUCGCGAAGUGUUGAGCUUGCAGCAGAAGCUACCGAGUAAGGGAUACAUUGAUAAUGCACUGGUAAAGUUGAAGCUGCAGACCAAGCUGGAGCAGGAUCCGGUGAACGAAGGCAAGAUUCAGCAGAUGUCGGAGAUGAUCGAGAUGAUGUUCAAGCAGGAACAGGCUGCACUUCACAAUAUGGCCAUGCUGCACUUGCCAAAGGACGAUACUUAUGAAUACUGUGACCAGAUUCCAAGAAACAAAUCUUCCGGAGUGUUCCUGCUGCACCCGGACAAAGACUUCCACGAUCCGAUCAAGGUGUUCUGCAACCAGACGUUCAACGGUGGUGGUUGGUCCGUCAUUCAGAGACGUUUUAACGGAACUGUCAACUUCUACCGGGACUACCAGAGCUAUCAGCGUGGCUUCGGAAAACUCGGCGGUGGUGAGUUCUGGCUGGGUCUGGACCGAAUUCAUCGUCUCACCUAUUCGGCUCCUCACGAGCUGAUUGUCAUACUGGAAGAUUGGGACGGGAUCACCAAGUACGCCAAAUAUCAGAACUUUGAGGUUUCCGGCGAGAAGGAGCUGUACAAGGUCACCAAGAUCGACGGAUACUCGGGAACGGCGGGAGAUUCGCUGAACUACACCAAGAAUGCUGCCUUCUCGACGUUCGAUCAUGACAACGACACCAGUACUAAGCAAAACUGUGCAGUCAAGUAUCACGGAGCGUGGUGGUACAAGUCUUGUCACUCCAGCAAUCUCAACGGUAAAUACCUGCGUGGUAUCAACUCCGAGUUCGGUGUCGGUAUGAACUGGGACACAUUCCGCGGAAUGAACUAUGCCCUUAAGGAGUCAACCAUCAUGAUCCGGCGGCGAAUGGACCUCGUUUCAGAAGUAGCGCUCAGACUUGUACCGCAGGUCAAUGGAGGUAAUGGGGGAAAAUCGUCGCUCCCUGAACAGGACCAAAACACUAGCCAAGAAGAGCACGAGGAGAUAGAGGUGGAGCACGACCAGGAAGAGCAACGGCUGGUGGACGGUGGCGUUGCCAACGAUGACGAUUACGAAGUUGAGGUGGAGGACGUUGUUUCGGAACCGGCCCUGGCGGCACAGCGAGACAUCGCUUUGAAAGAGGCACUGUCGGUGCGUACGCUUUAA